AUGUACACCGCGCUCCCCAAAAGCGGUUCCCCCUUCGGCCCCUCCGCCACCCACCCGGGGCUGCACAUCUGGCGGGUGGAGAAGCUGCGGCCGGUGGAGGUCCCCAAGGCGACGUGGGGCGUCUUCUUCUCGGGGGACGCCUACCUGGUGCUGCACAACGGGCCGGAUGAGCGAGCCCACCUCCACCUCUGGAUGGGCCGGGAUUCCUCGCGGGACGAGCAGGGUGCCUGCGCCCUCCUCUCCACCCAGCUGAACGCGCUCCUGGGUGAGCGCCCCGUGACGCACCGCGAGGUGCAGGGCAACGAGUCCGACGUCUUCAUGGAGUACUUCCCCCGCGGCGUCACCUACCAGGAGGGCGGCGUGGACUCGGCGUUCAAGCCCACCCACCCCGGCGCCGGCGCCGGCCCCGUACGCAAACUCUACCAGGUGAAGGGCAAGAAGAACAUCCGGGCGAGCGAGCGGGAUCCGAGCUGGGCCAGCUUCAACACCGGCGACUGCUUCAUCCUCGACCUGGGCGAGACCCUCUUUGUCUGGUGCGGGGCCAGGUGCAACGUGCUGGAGCGCAGCAGGGCGCAGGAGCUGGCCGCGGCCAUCCGGGACGGCGAGCGGGGCGGCAAGGCUCGCCUGGAGAUCGUGGCGGACGGCGAGGAACCACCUGAGAUGCUCCAGGUGCUGGGCCCCAAGCCCACCUUGCAGGAGGGUACCCCCGAGGAGGACGUCAUGGCCGAUCAGAGAAAUGCGGGGGCAGCCGUCCUCUACAAGGUGUCGGAUGUAACAGGGCGCAUGGACCUGAGCCAGGUGGCCGCGAGCAGCCCCUUCAGCCAGAGCCUGCUCUGCUCCGACGACUGCUUCGUGCUGGACAACGGCGCCGGCGGGAAGGUCUACGUCUGGAAAGGGCGCAAGGCCAACGAGCAGGAGCGCCAGGCGGCCCUGAAAGUGGCCGAGGAGGUCAUCGCCCGCAUGGGCCACUCGCCCCGGACACAGGUGGAAAUCCUGCCCCAGGGCCGCGAGACGCCCCUCUUCAAGCAGUUCUUCAGCAGCUGGAAGUGA